AUGGUCAACGAGGCCCGGGUACUGGCUGCAAUGCUGCCCGGAAUGACAGAGCGCGAGAUGGCGCGGACGGCGCGCAUGUUCCGGAACCUGGGGAUGGUAAUGGAGAGGCGGCUUGCGGAAGUGCGGAAGGAGCGCGAGGCUCGCGAGGCCACGGAGAGACGGCUUGCGGAAGUGCAGAAGGAGCGCGAGACUCGCGAAGCCGAAGCGGUGGCCCUAUGUUGUGCUAUUGAGGAACAUGGGGAGCAGAGGCUGACCUGCUGGUACCCUAACUGGGAGGAUCAUCACCAAAAGCACUCCAACAAAUUUGGCCAGGCAGAUGAUAAGGCCUCCCGAACGUUCGUGGCUGUCCAAGGCGACCCAGGCACACCUGUUGGGCUUGCAGCGCGUUGGAUGGGCGAGACUGACAUUGCCCUAGCCAAGCUCAACGACGGGGUCAUUUUCGAGAAUAACUUCAAGGAGAUGGUCUUCUCGGCGAAAACAUCUAUCCACUCUGACGACCAGUGGAUGGCUGAUUCGUUCAUCAUUGAUUCAGCUCUGGCAUGCGUCUACCUAUUAUCCCAAAGGCUACGUUGGAGAUACCUAUCAAGGGUUUGCAAGGUCUCUGGGGAGAUUCUCAGGGGAAUUAUCCGGCAGUACUGA